GUUCGUGACCGUGCAAUAAAAAAAAAUUGAUGUUCAGUUCAACAAGCCUGCAACUUGAACAGCUUCUAAAUCAAGCUCAACUACGACCACACAUUCCCGCUACGUUAAGGGUCCAGCCUCUUAUGCCGUUGGUAGACACACCCUGCCCUCGCUGCUCAUCCAGCGUUGAGCAGUAUAAUAUCAACCUAAACUGUGACUUUUACAUGUGCAUGAACUCCAAGUGUUCAUACCCGUUCGAUACAGACCUCGUGUCGACAUUUAUCGUAGAUAAACCUCCAAAGACGCGUAGAAAGCCUGCUCCUUCGCCACCACCCUCGUCACCACUUGUACAAAGACAGCUGAAAAUGAAGAGGAAUCGUAGCUUUGUUUCUAUGUCCAUGUUGAAUCAGCGGAAAAGGAAGCCGUUUGACCGUGUAAAUGCCAAUGCCGUUGGGCAAGGUGGGUUGCCACUCUUGUCUGCGCCACCCGUGCAGAAAGAAAAUAUGGGAUCUUUUAGUGACGAUGUUUUUAACCAUCCGUCGUCUCUUGAUAUUACCCUACAGAACUCCUCAUUAUCUCCCUCUACCCAAGAACUUAACUAUUCGCUGGCAGACAUUGAACAUCUGCUUCAGCAUGACGACGAGGCUGAGUAUGAUAGUGAACAUUCAACCGUCGUGACCCCAAAGGACAUUGAUAGUCUGCUGGACAAGUCCACACUCAUGGAUGAUUUUAUGGUGGUAACAGCCCAAGAUCUUUUCAAUACCAAUUCAAUUUAAUUGUCUGGUGCUUCACUUGAAGGCGGCGGUAGAGCAAAUAGCCCUGAAUUUUUCCCUUUUCGUUCC